AUGGUUAAGUGGAAAAGGGAGAGGGAAGAUAGGAUAGUUAAGGACUACAAAUAUGACUUUGUUGAUGUUCAUGAAUUCGAACAACAUGAUUGCUUUCACAAAGAUAGAGAAAAUUGGAAAGACAAAGUUGCCUUCUAUGUUUUCUUUGCAUUUAAAGAUCGUAUUUUGGAUGCUAAUACCAAAGGUCAAACCAAAGGCCAACAACCUACACUUCCAACAUUAGUAGAUGAUUAUGCUCUUCCGCAAUAUAAUGGUCCUCCAGAUCAACUGAAAUAUAAUGUAGGUGCUGAAAAGCAAGGAUAUUAUGUUCAAAAUCCAAAUAUUUAUGAUCAACAAAGAGAUAGCAUUAGUAGCAAUCCUGUAAGAGAAAGUUCUCCUGUACCACACUUUCAUAAUUAUAACAUACCUCGUC